UCUUGGGAUUAACUUUAUUACAACGAAUAUUUUGCAACCGAAGUCGAUACAAUUUUUUUUUUUUUUAAAGUUAAGCAUAUAUAUAUAUAUGUGUGUGUAUGUAUUUUUUUUUAUACCACGUCACUCUUCUGAUAUAUAGGCUGAAGUUCUCAGCUCUUCGUAAAUCCUGCGCCUCUCCCAUUGCUGCCACAUUAUGUAACCCUCCUCCCAGCCUAUUAGCCGCCCAAUUUGUUAUCUGUUAGCUCAGGCAGAGCAGGUUCCCGCGAAGGUGGAGCUUGUAGCUGUGGGUGUUGCUACAAUGCGUGACGUAGUCGAACCGCACACCCUAUUCGACGGCUGGAAUUGAUCGUGUCCAGUCAGUGUUAGGAGAAGCGUGUUGAAGCAGUCGAGAUUAAAGUCGUUCGGGGGGCUCCUUGUCUUCUGCUCCGUGUCUUGGGUCUUCUGCGUGUUGUUUUUGUUUUUUUGGCUGUGUCUUGAGGGAACUUUUUUUUUAAAAUCCGUUUCUGUUCUGUUCAGUCAUGCAACUGAUCGGCUACAUGUCUUCGUAAACAUGAAGGUGGAAAAGUUAGAAACAGGACUACCCGAAAGUGAAGUACAACACGGUUUGACUACUGGGAAUAUGUUGGUGUCUGGGGGUGAAUUCGGGCAUCAAGAUCCGAAUGGACCUUCGACGUCGUCGUCUCUACACGAAAGUGAUUCGGGAGAGAAAGCCGUGGCUCCUACUAAGAAGUGUGGUGCUGGUGUACGACGUCAGGAAAAGCCUCCUUAUUCUUACAUAGCUCUAAUCGUCAUGGCCAUUCAGAGUUCACCAUCCAAAAGACUUACUUUGAGCGAGAUUUAUCAAUUUUUACAACAACGUUUUGCGUUUUUUAGAGGUAGUUAUCAGGGAUGGAAAAAUUCAGUCAGACACAACUUGUCUUUGAACGAAUGUUUUAUCAAGCUACCAAAAGGGUUGGGAAGACCAGGUAAAGGACAUUACUGGACUAUCGAUCCUGCCAGCGAGUUUAUGUUCGAAGAAGGAUCCUUUAGAAGGCGACCACGUGGAUUUCGUAGAAAAUGCCAAACUCUAAAACCGUUUACACCUACAUAUUACCCAGGAACCAUGCUAGGUUCUCCUUACGAAGUCUUAGGUCAGCCUAGUCCCAACGUGUCUUGCAGUGCACCGGCACCGUCUGUGAUGUCGACUGCAAACAUGAGCGCUAGUAAUCAACCUUAUUUGAACGUCGACCAGCAACAGAAUUACCAAAAUUCCCAACUGACACCCUGCAGUUACAGUUAUCCUUCGAGUAACGUGCAGCUUACCAACGGUCAUUAUCUAUCUAGCUGCUCUCUAUCCAGUUCUGGAAAUCUGACCCCCAUGACUCCACCGGCACCUUCUGCUGAAUAUGGAGUAGCACCGGCUCAAUCUCCCAUUCAUCAAUUAUACAGUGCCACAAAUUUAGACAGGACCGAACCACUCCUGGCUUGGUCCACGUCUUGCGGAGGACAAUACCUAAAACCACCUUCUCUGAGUCCGUCCAGCAGUCCUGCAGCAUCAUUACAAUCUUUAUCACCGAAUACAACGACGACUUCGAGUAUGGUACUCUCUGCAGAUCCUACAGUUUACCAGAACAGCGCACAACAGUUGAGUCAAUCCUUUAUGACCACAGAAAACAUGGACAUGGAUCUCAACGGUGAGUUUACAUUAUUUAAAAAAAGCUUAGUAUAAAUUUUACCUGUCAAAAAUUAAUAUCGAAGACGUAACAAUCAUACGAUAUAAUCGUGUGUUUAGAAUUUAUUUAGUCUCCAAUUUCUUAUUAAAAUAAUAAUACAGAAAAAAUAAUAAUUUUAUUUUAAUAGGUCACUGUACCAUUUUUCUUAUUUUUAACUUAUCUUUUGAAUAUUAUCGUUUAAAUAAUCUGUAAAUACUGGGUAAUGACGUCAUGGAUUUUUACCCUUCUACGCACAUAAGCUGUAUUAUUACGAAAUUAUAAAUCGAAUUCCAUGUAAAUCGUAAUAUCAUCAUCGAUUGACAUAACGGGUUUUUCUUAUGAGAACUUUCUAUUGAUAUUUUAUACAUAAAAACAAUUAGAUUUAAGAA